AUGGCCUAGCAGCGAUGUCUCAGCUUUUCUAUCGCCGGACGGACAACUCCACGUACCAGGACCGCAUCCCGCUGCGCAUAGUGCGGUCCGAAUCGGAGCUGUCGGCCCAGGAGAAGGCCUACCUGAGCGCGGUGGAGAAGGGCGACUACGCCAGCGUCACGCAGGCCCUGGAGGAGGCCGAGAUCUACUUCAAGAUCAACAUCAACUGCACGGACCCGCUGGGCCGCACGGCGCUGCUCAUCGCCAUCGAGAACGAGAACCUGGAGAUCGUGGAGCUGCUGCUGGGCUUCAACGUGUACGUGGGCGAUGCCCUGCUGCAUGCCAUCCGCAAGGAGGUGGUGGGGGCCGUCGAGCUCUUGCUCAACCACAAGAAGCCCAGCGGGGAGAAGCAGGUUCCGCCAAUUCUGCUGGACAAGCAGUUCUCCGACUUCACGCCGGACAUCACCCCCAUCAUCCUGGCCGCGCACACCAACAACUACGAGAUCAUCAAGCUGCUGGUGCAGAAGGGCGUGUCCAUGCCCCAGCCGCACGAGGUGCGCUGCAACUGCGUGGAGUGCGUGUCGGGCUCGGACGUGGACAGCCUGCGGCAGUCCCGCUCGCGCCUCAACAUCUACCGCGCGCUGGCCAGCCCCUCGCUGGUCGCCCUGUCCAGCGAGGACCCCUUCCUCACCGCCUUCCAGCUCAGCUGGGAGCUGCAGGAGCUCAGCACGGUGGAGAACGAGUUCAAGCAGGAGUACGAGGAGCUGUCGCACCAGUGCAAGCAGUUCGCCAAGGACCUGCUGGACCAGACGCGCAGCUCCCGCGAGCUGGAGGUGAUCCUCAACUUCCGCGACGACGUCAACCUCCUGGAGGAGGAGAGCAACUACGACCUGGCCCGGCUGAAGCUUGCCAUCAAGUAUCGCCAGAAGGAGUUUGUGGCCCAGCCAAACUGUCAGCAGCUGUUGGCGUCGCGCUGGUACGACGAGUUCCCCGGCUGGCGGCGGAGACACUGGGCGGUGAAGUUCCUCACCUGCGUCUUCAUUGGACUGCUGUUCCCGCUCCUCUCCCUCUGCUACCUCCUCAUGCCCAAGAGCCGCCACGGCCUCUUCAUCCGCAAGCCCUUCAUCAAGUUCAUCUGCCACACCGCGUCCUACCUCACCUUCCUCUUCCUCCUCCUCCUCGCCUCCCAGCACAUUGCCAAGACGGACCCCUCGCGCCAAGGCCCGGCUCCCUCCCCUGUGGAGUGGAUGAUCCUGCCGUGGGUCUUAGGGUUCAUAUGGACGGAGAUCAAGCAGAUGUGGGAUGGGGGGUUUCAGGACUACAUCCACGACUGGUGGAACCUCAUGGACUUUGUCAUGAAUUCUCUGUACUUGGCCACCAUUUCGCUGAAGAUCGUUGCAUAUGUUAAGUACAGCGGCUGUAAGCCGCGGGAGAACUGGGAGAUGUGGCACCCCACGCUGGUGGCGGAGGCCGUGUUCGCCAUCGCCAACAUCUUCAGCUCGCUGCGGCUCAUCUCGCUGUUCACCGCCAACUCGCACCUGGGCCCACUGCAGAUCUCCCUGGGCCGCAUGCUGCUGGACAUCCUCAAGUUCCUCUUCAUCUACUGCCUGGUGCUGCUGGCCUUCGCCAACGGCCUCAACCAGCUCUACUUCUACUACGAGACGGACGAGGCGGACGAGGUCAAAGGGUGCAAGGGCAUCCGCUGCGAGCACCAGAACAACGCCUUCUCCACGUGA